AUGCGUGAGCCUCUUCAAGAACUAGCCAACAGUGUAGAUCCAUCGAGAAUUCGCGUUCUGACAGUACCCAAAGCCAAUAAGCGAUUGCAAAUGGUGGCUGGUGUCAAUGCCACAACAACUGAGAUCAUUGUGUUCUCUGAUGACGAUGCUAUCUGGAAACCAACCAUGCUAGAUUAUAUCUUGGCCUGUUUUGAGGAUCUCAAAAUGGGCGGUGUGGGUACCAGCCAAACAGUUCAUGCAGUCGAUCCUAACGGUAGACAAACACUCUGGGAAAUUCUUGCAGGCUUUAGACUUACAAGUCGUAAUAUCGAAAUUGCUGCUUCUACACACAUUGAUGGUGGUAUCUGUUGCUUGUCGGGUCGUACUGCAGCUUAUCGCACAUUGAUCCUCAAAGAUCCUGCUUUUCAAUACUGCUUCACCAAUGAUCUUUGGCUAGGCAAAUACCCCCUCAACUCGGGUGACGAUAAAUUCUUAACGCGUUGGAUGGUCUCUCAUGGUUGGAACACAUAUGCUCAGAUCUGUAAAGAAGCUGAAUUAUACUCAACAUUCAAAAACAAUUGGAGAUUUAUUAAACAAGUUCUUCGUUGGACUCGUAACACCUGGCGUUCAGAUUUUCGAUCCUUGUUUACCGAACGCUAUAUUUGGAAAAGACAUCCUUAUGUUGCAUUCACCAUGGUCGAUAAAAUCUUCAACCCUCUUACCCUUUUAGCAGGUCCUAUUCUUGUAGGUGUGUUUGCCUCACUUCAAGAACAAAGAGCAGGUCCCACAAACCCACCUUUGCCUGCCUGGAACAUUGUUAUCUCUUAUAUAUGUUGGCUGUUAUUAACUCGUUUUAUCAAACUCAUUCCUCACUUUUUAAAACGACCUUUGGACAUUUGGGUCUUACCCGCUUGGUUAAUUUUCAAUUAUUACUUUGCCAUCAUGAAGAUCUAUGCACUUUUCACCUUACACGAAGUUGGCUGGGGUACCCGUGCCGGUGUCGGUACUGAACUGGCUGCCAACAUUGGUAAAGAAGCCCCGGAAACCGAAAAGAAUCAAACUGAGCAUGUCAAGAUUGAAAUGAGUGACUACAACCAACAAGCUCCUUACGAGGAUCCCUUUUUCUCAGAAGAGGAGAUCAGACGAGGAGAACAUGUGAGAGAAAUGGGUGUAGAUGGUUCAUUUGCUCCUACAACCUCUCCUUUUCAUGAUAACGCACACUUGACAACACCACCUUCAAGGCCCAAUGGUCCCUCACCACUGAUAUAA